AUGGGCGAGUUGGCUGCUGUCUCCAAUAAACAAACCGAGCAACAUGACCUCGAGGAAAUGCGACCACAUUUGGCCACCAGACAUGAUGGUGGUGGCGAUGGUGGUGCUAAUCAGGCUACAGCAACCCAAUUUUCGGCAACAUCGGUUUGGAAUGUAACUUGGACAAAUACGUGUGUGUAUCUGUACGCUUUUCUCAUUCUGGGUAUGCAUCGUGUGUGA